AUGAAAACCGUUUUAAUUAUAAUAUAUUAUUGUAUAAAGUUCUGUGCAGCAACGCACCAGGCACGGAACGUAAGCGGCAAUUUGAAGAAUUUCACUGAAAUAACAGAGAGCUAUGGACUUAAAACAGAAUCUUACGAAGUUGUUACAGAAGAUGCGUAUAUUUUGAAGCUAUUCCACAUUCCUGGGUCAGUUGGACCACCGAUAUUGCUUGUACACGGUUAUGUGGAUUCAUCCGACACAUGGGUUAUUCGAGGCGAAGAUUCCCUGGGUAUCACACUGGCGCGUAAGAGCCACGAUCUCUGGUUUGCCAAUUGUAGGGGCAAUCAUUAUUCCAGAAACCACCUCCGACUUGAUCCUGAUAGGAACGUUUCUUUCUGGGAUUUCAGCUUUCACGAAAUAGGUUUCUACGAUAUGCCAGCUUUAAUUGAUGCUGUUUUGAAUAGAACGCAAUGGCAAAAAUUAAACCUUAUCGGACAUUCCCAGGGUAACACAGUAUUCUAUAUCUUAGGUUCAACUAAACCAGAGUACAAUGAUAAAAUCAAUUUGGCCGUCGCCCUGUCUCCAGUGUGCUUCUUUCAUAAAUCAUCGUCUCCGAUGUCGAUCUUUCUAAAGAAUUAUCCUUUAACACAAACGCUUCUGAAAUCACUUAACAUCCACGAAUUCUUUGGAUAUAACAGCAAGUCUGUCCGGAUAUUACGAAAAGUGUGUUCCAUGCCUGACAUUGGGUACAAGUUAUGCAUAGUCCUUGGAAUAUUCUUCAUAUCCGGUGAAGAUACUGAUGAGUUAGAAGAAGACUUUGAAAAUACAAUGUUCUAUCAUUAUCCUGCUGGAGCAUCAAGUAAAUCUUUCGUACAUUAUGAGCAAGUGGGGACGAGUAGGAGAUUUGCAAGAUUUGAUUAUGGUAGAAUAGGAAAUCUUGCAACGUAUGAAUCCCCUGAACCUCCUCUUUACGACUUGUCAAAGGUCAAAAUGCCGAUAGUACUGUUAGCUGGUAAAAACGACAACUUGUCUUCACUGGAUGACGUGGAAGUGUUGAGGAGUAAACUGACAAAUGUUGUGGAAUUUGUCGUGGUACCGCACCAGAAGAUGAAUCACGUUGACUUCAUAUGGGGAAGAAAUGCAAGGAAAUAUCUCUUUCCGUAUAUUUUUAAGGCGCUGCAUAGAUAUAGAAUGAAAGAUAAUAAAUUUUAA